CCCGGAAUUAUUUUCCACAAAAAGUGAAUAGACCUUUCUUAGUAUUCUAGAUUAGAUCUAGCUAGACCUAGGAUAGACCUAAUUAAUAAUAUUCUUUUUAACAAGAGGUGUUUUUUUUUAAGGCUCCACUGUUGCCAGAAUGGAUGUGAUUGAUAAGCUGAAGACAAAAUACAAGCUGUCGUCAGAGACUGAAAGUUUUCUGAAGCUCAGACUGGACCAGCUGGCCAACGGUGGAGAGCUUGACCCCUCCAAGAAGGAUGAAUAUGUAGAGUCACAUAAGGAAGCUAACGACAAAGCUGCUGAAUGCUUUGAUGGGCAAAUCAAAGAAUUCUCAGUGCCAUCUGCUGGUGUGCCAAAUGGUAUCCCCAUUGAUGUGAUAAAACCCAACAUCUGUGCCAGACGCCCAGGAAUUCUGAUCAACUUCCAUGGAGGUGGGAAUGUGUAUGGCUCCAGGAAAACAACUGAGGCUCUGUGUAAACUGCUGGCCAAGGAGCUGAAGUGUGUGGUUGUUAAUGUAGAGUACCGUUUGGCUCCGGAAUACAAAUUUCCCUCAAUGUUCGAUGACGGGAAGGCUGUUGUUAGGUGGGUGAUGAUGAACAAGUCCCUAGUAGGUGCUGAGAAUGACAGCAAAGUUGGUGUGAUAGGGUCCAGCUCUGGUGGAGGUAUAGCAGCUACUGUAGCUUUUGAAGUGCCUGGGCUAGACUUUCAGGUUUUGGUCUACCCAUUCUUAGACUGGAGAUGUCAAGGCCCCAGCUAUGAGGAAUUUGAGUUCACUGGGAGUUCCAUCAACAUGACUGAGAUGAUUAGAAAGGGUGUGGACAUGUGUAUCAGGACAGAGGCUGACAAAACCAACGUACGCGCUUCACCCCUCCUGCGCAACGACUUCACAGUCCUCCCUCCUACACUGCUGCUUAUUGCUGAAAUUGACCCGUACAAAGACUCCAACUAUGAAUUCAAGUCUAAGAUGAAAGCUGCUAAUGCUGUCUGUGAGAGUAAGCUGAUGAAGGGUGCUAUACAUGGAUUCUUUUCUUUGCCUGGUAUCUUUCAAGAAACAAAUCUGAGAGCUAGAGAGAUUAUUGCCCAGUUCUACAAGAAACAUGGUGUCUGCUAGCUGGUUUUCAAUCCCAGAAUCCUAGUUCAGUUUUUAUAACUUUUGGUGCAGAAGAGCUAGAAAUGCUAUUACAUAAAAUGAAAAACUUGGAUUGGAAGCGAAUUUCAGUCAGGUUGUAUAUUAAAGUAAUCACUUUAUAUUUUUAGCAUAAACAAUACUGUGAAUAUAUUCUGUAAAUAGUAGCAGUUCAUUUUUAAAAAAUUAUUAUGAAAUGGAAUGAAGAGAUUGUGUAACAUCAGGAAAUUGUAAUAUACAGCCUUGAAAAAUAAUGUCAUUUUUAAUUGUUAGUAUUUGUUUGCUUUUGUUGAUGUGCAAAUGAGGGUUAAGUGUUCUAGACACUAUCACAGUAGCAUUUAGACAGUAGGGGGUUAAUCACACACUUUAUGAGUGUUUGAAGAAAAUAUCAAUUAAUUAAAUGUUAAAAAUAGAAAAUGAAUGAAAGUUUAAAAAAUGUCGCUGUAUGACUUGGGUUUUGUUAAGGGCUGUAGCUAAUAGUUUGGUGAUAGAAAUUAAACAACUGUGUCAAUCUGAUAGCAUUGAGGUAUUAUAGUAAGGUUUAGCAUGGUUAAUUUUAGGACACAAUGGAAUAGUUAAAGUUAGUUUGCUACAUUUUCCUAGCCUGGUAUAUAGGCCUAGCUUGUUGUUUCUGUUUUGUUAGUUGUUUUUUAAGGAUAAUUUGGUUAUCUAAGAUUACAAACAUGUUAUAAUUAAAAAAAAAAACCCACACUAACUGUACUUAAUGAAUUUAAUCAUUGAUAUUUUACAAGCUUCUGUGUGUUCAGCUGUUUAUUUGUUAUUUAAUUUAGAACACUUAUUUUUGUUUCUUCACCAUAUUUUGUUACAUUUUUGAGAGUGUUAACCCUUUGAGCCCUGGCCUCCCUGAUCUAAUUUCUCCUAUUUCCUGAGCUCCCAGGCCCAAACCGAUUUUCACUUAUCUGCUUCUAACUUUGCCUAUAACUUUUGAACCGUUUGAGAUAAUCAAGCCAAAUUUGGUAUC